AUGGACGGGGAGCUGGAUGAGGCCAUCCGCAAGCUCGCGUGGCUCAACUUCGACUGCUCCAGGAACGAGCUCGGGUCCUGCGUCGCCCGGCUCUCGGAGCUCAAGAUUCUCCUCACAAAGUUUCCUAGCCUGCCACCAACAUUUGAGAUGACACCUAAUGCAGUGGAGGAGCUGAAAUUCGCAAGGGCUGUAUACGAGUUUGCUGUUAUCUUGAGCAUGGAAAUGAAAGACCAAGAAGCAUUUGAGAGGGACUUAGUCCAACUAAAAGGUUUCUACAUGGAUACAAGAGGCAUGAUCCCACCCUCACCAGACGAAUACCCAAUAUUGGGGCUUAAUCUUAUGAGGCUUCUGGCUGGGAACAGAAUAGCCGAAUUCCACACUGAGCUGGAACUUCUGCCCCUGGGAGCCCUACACCAUCCUUGCAUCAAAUAUGCAGUAGAGCUUGAGCAAGCCUUUAUGGAAGGGACCUACCGAUUAAUCAAUGAUCGAAAAGCUGUGCCACAUGAGUCAUACCGCUACUUCAUGGACCUUCUUGCUGAAACUAUCAGAGAUGAAAUAGCUGAUUGCAGUGGUCAGGCAUAUGAUCACUUGCCAGUGAAUGAUGCCAUGGAAAUGCUGAUGUUCUCCUCUGACCAGCAGCUUCUGGAGUACAUAUCAGAGAAACAACAUGAAUGGGAGGUUCAGAACCAUUCGGUUCAUUUUCACAUGGCGAAGCCCCAACCUCGUGUCGGUGUACACUCGUUUAAGCUGAUCAAGCAAUCUCUUUGCUACGCGCUGGAGCUGGAGCAGGUAGUGUAAUUUGCAAAGCAAGGUGGACUUUGUUCUGAUGUAGGUAGUCCCUAGACAACGAUGAACUUAGACAGCCAUGUUUCGUGAUUUGCGUUUUCUUCCCUGCUGAAAUGGUGGAAUUUCUGUUAGAAACACUGCUGAUGGCUGCUCGAGGUGCUAAACUCAGCACUGUAUUUUCGUGUCAGUGUUGACCCUGUCUAAGCUAACACGAUGAAGAUAUGUUCACUUGCAGUC